UGAACGCGGCGGCAGCUCUAUAGGUUGCUGUUUUCUCCUCCAGUGGACCUGGGCCUGCGCUCCAGCAACCAUGUCUAAGGGACCUGCAGUUGGCAUUGAUCUUGGCACCACCUAUUCUUGUGUGGGUGUCUUCCAGCAUGGAAAGGUGGAAAUAAUUGCCAGUGAUCAGGGGAACCAAACUACCCCAAGCUAUGUCACCUUUACUGAUACCAAACGAUUGACUGGUGAUGCUGCAAAGAACCAAGUUGCAAUGAAUCCCACCAACACGGUUUUUGAUGCCAAACGCCUCAUUGGACGAAGAUUUGAUGAUGCUGUUUUCCAGUCUGAUAUGAAGCAUUGGCCUUUCAUGAUGGUGAAUGAUGCAGGCAGGCUUAAGGUUCAAGUAGAAUACAAGGGAGAGACAAAAGGUUUUUAUCCAGAGGAGGUGUCAUCCAUGAUUUUGACAAAGGUGAAGGAAAUAGCAGAAGCCUACCUUGGGAAGACUGUUACCCAUGCUGUUGUCACAGUACCCACUUACUUUAAUGAUUCUCAGCGUCAGGCUACCAAAGAUGCUGGAACUAUUGCUGGGCUCAAUGUACUUAGAAUCAUCAACGAGCCAACUGCUGCUGCUGUUGCCUAUGGCUUAGACAAAAAGGUUGGAGCAGAAAGAAAUGUGCUGAUCUUUGACUUAGGUGGUGGCACUUUUGAUGUGUCAAUCCUCACUAUUGAGGGUGGAAUCUUUGAGGUCAAAUCUACAGCUGGAGAUACCCACUUCUCCUUAGGUGGAGAAGACUUUGACAACCGGAUGGUCAACCAUUUUAUUGCAGAAUUCAAGCACAAGCACAAGAAGGACAUCAGUGAGAACAAGAGGGCUGUCCGUCGCCUUCGUACUGCUUGUGAGCGUGCUAAGCGCACUCUCUCUUCCAGCAUCCAGGCCAGUAUUGAGAUUGAUUUCCUCUAUGAAGGAAUCGACUUCUAUACCUCAAUUACCGGUGCCUGAUUUGAAGAACUGAAUGCUGACCUGUUUCGUGGCACACUGGACCCUGUGGAGAAAGCCCUUUGGGAUGCCAAGCUAGACAAGUCUCAGAUCCAUGAUAUUGUCCUGGUGGGUGGUUCAACCCGCAUCCCCAAGGUUCAGAAACUUCUACAGGACUCCUUCAACGGGAAAGAACUGAAUAAGAGCAUCAACCCUGACGAGGCUGUUGCUUAUGGUGCAGCUGUCCAGGCAGCCAUUCUAUCUGGAGACAAAUCUGAAAAUGUUCAAGACUUGCUGCUGUUGGAUGUCACUCCUCUUUCCCUUGGAAUUGAAACUGCUGGUGGAGUCAUGACUGUCCUCAUCAAGCGCAACACCACCAUUCCCACCAAGCAGACGCAGACCUUCACAACCUACUCAGACAACCAGCCCAGUGUACUCAUUCAGGUUUAUGAAGGUGAGCAUGCCAUGACCAAGGAUAACAACCUGCUUGGCAAGUUUGAACUCACAGGCAUACCUCCUGCCCGCCCCCACCGUGGUGUUCCUCAUAUUGAAGUCACUUUUGAUAUUGAUGCCAAUGGCAUCCUCAAUGUCUCUGCUGCAGAUAAGAGUACAGGAAAAGAGAACAGGAUUACCAUCACUAAUGACAAGGGCCGUUUGAGCAAGGAAGACAGUGAACGCAUGGUUCAGGAAGCAGAGGAGUAUAAAGCUGAAGAUGAGAAGCAGUGGGAUAAGGUGUCUUUGAAGAAUUCUCUUGAAUCCUAUGCUUUCAACAUGAAAGCUACUGUUGAGGAUGAGAAACUUCAAGGCAAGAUUAAUGAUGAGGACAAACAGAAGAUUCUUGAUAAGUGUAAUGAAAUAAUCAACUGGCUUGAUAAGAACCAGACUGCAGAGAAGGAAGAAUUUGAACAUCAGCAGAAGGAGCUGGAAAAAGUCUGCAACCCCAUCAUUACCAAGCUGUACAAGAGUGCAGGAGGAAUGCCCGGGGGCUUCCCUGGUGGUGGAGCUCCUCCGUCUGGUGGUGCCUUCUCUGGGCCCACGAUUGAAGAGGUUGAUUAA